AUUUGCUUAGAUAUCUUCAUAACGUAUGUAAUGCCUUUUCCAGUCUGCUUGAACUUCGAAGUAAAUAGUUAUCUCAGUUGAGUUUUAUUUCGUUGGGUUUGGUGGUUACAUUAGACGUAACUAGUGGCAGAAACCUAGGGUUUGGAUUAUUUGUAAAAAUUUAAAGAAUACGAAUAGAAAUACACGUAUUAUCCUUAUUAAGGCUACUUGCACUUUGAUCUGACGUGUGGUUUCUAACUCUAAUAUCUAAGCUAAGAUAGAACAAUAUGCACCUGACCACUCUUCUGUUCACAAGAGGACGUUUUCACUUUGUAAAGAGAAUUCCUGGAAAUAUUUGGAUUGGGAAACAUAGAUACGUUCCACCUGUCACAAGACAUAAGAAGCUUCAAAUGUGGAAAGAUCUAGCAGUGGAAGAGGAAACAAUGAUGUAUUUAAAACACCCCUACUUAACUGAGGCCCAAGAAUGGAAUCAUGCCAAAGCUUUAGGUAAACACGAUGCUAGAAGAGUUGAGGUAAUGAAGAACCGAAAGAAAGAACUUCAUCAUACUACUAUGGAGGAACACUUGCUGCGUUUAAAUGUCUCUAGAACAUGGGAGUGAAAUAUGUACUGUAUAUAGAAUGGAUGUUAUUUAUAAAUAAAUGUCCACAAUUCAUUAGAAAAGUU